AUGCAGAAGCACGGUUACAUCGGCGAGUUCCACAUCGCGGACGACCAUCGCAGUGGCAAGAUUGUGAUCGAGCUCUUGGGCCGCAUCAACAAGUGUGCCGUUGUAUCGCCACGCUACGACAUUGCCCUCGACGACAUUGAGCAGUGGAGCUCCAACAUCUUGCCGAGUAGGCAGUUCGGGCACCUUGUGCUCACCACCGCGUACGGAAUCAUGGACCACGAGGAGGCCAGGCGCAAGCACACCGGUGGAAAGAUCCUCGGUUUCUUCUUCUGA